ACAGAGUGUGAGCAAUGGAAAAAGAACACUGAAAUGGCUUUGAAUUGGGGCACCUAAAUAACAAUGCUUAAUAAUUUUGUUUCAGCAACAAACUCUCCUGCCUUUUCACGUACACAUAAACGCACAUCACAGUUCACAGUGGUGGAGGGAGAACUGGAUGAUGAUUGGCCAAGAGGAGAGAUGAUGCUCUUCUUCCUGCUCUAUAUAAACUCCCUGUUCCCUUUCUUCAGACAGACUGCUGAUACAUUUUUCCUAGAGACCACACUGCGUAAUGGAUAUUUAUCUUCCUGCUGGCUUUUCAAUGUGCAAAGGAAUAUCAGGGCUGCCAAACACUUGCCUGGAAAGGGCCAAAAGAUUAAAGGCAUGCGUUGGUGGAUUUAUGCAGAGGCAAGACUGGAGCAUCCUAUGCUAUUCCUACAAAUACAGAAAACCAAGGCUGACCUUGGAGGAAUGUCUGAUGUGGAAACAAUCGCUUGAGAAGCUCUUGUCAAACAAACAUGGACUAUACGCCUUCAGAGCUUUUCUGGUAUCUGAGUUUAGUGAAGAAAACAUUGCUUUCUAUCUGGCCUGUGAGGACUACAAAAGCACAAAGUCUGCAGCCAAGCUGCCAUCCAAAGCGAGGAGGAUAUACGAUGAGUUUAUCGGAAGUGAAGCUUCCAGAGAGGUCAACAUCGACUAUGAGACUCGAGAUAUCACUCAAGCCAACUUGACAAGCCCCACAGCAGCCUGCUUUGAUAUGGCACAACACCGCAUCUACAUUCUAAUGGAAAAAGACUGUUACCCACGAUUCCUCCGAUCGGCCGCCUACCGAAACCUUGUUAACCAGCUCACGGCGAAAAGCACCAAGGCGAAAACCAAAAAGGCCUUAGCAAAUAGACCACCACAUGAAAAGGAAGAACCAAAAUGAAAAAUGCAGAUCCACAUAAAGAAGUUUUACAAAAGAUGGAAAUCAAGCUAGAAGUGUAAGGGGCCAGUCUGGAUCCUAAAAGUCGCUGCUUGAGGCAGUCCGAAUGCCAUGAGAUAAAGAGGGAUGGAUGUCAUUAAUGAAGUUCAUAAUGGAAUCAGUUUAUCACUGCAUCCCCAGACCCCCUUAAAAUAGUCAAAUAGGAAACAGAAGAGCUGCUUAUGGAGAAAAUUGCAUCUAUACAUGCAUUUACACACACAUGAGAUGCAGAUGGGACUCUACUGAAGAAUGCAUUGGGCCAAAUGUACAUAGCACACUUUCAGACAACAAUAAAUUUAUGUUGUAUUCAAAUAUCAGUUUUUUUUUACUUAGUACUCCAGAGUACUUAAAAUAAUACCAUCAUGAAAAAAACAUGGUAUUAAAAUCGUAACAUGGGACUUUUAUUUUGUAAGUGACAAUCUGCCUAUAAUGCUAUGAGCCACACUUUUUUAAAUGUUAAAAGUUGGUGUGCAACUAUUUCUUUUAAGUUAUUGUUAAAUGAAUGUUAAAUGAAAGUGAAUAAAACCUUGACAUUAAAGUUGUA